AUGCCUGAAGACGAGGAAUACAGUGUGGACAGACUCAAGAUGCAGUUCAUGCUUCUAUUCAGUCGACAAGGCAAGCUCAGGCUUCAGAAAUGGUACGUGCCUUUGUCUGAUAAGGAGAAAAAGAAGAUUACCAGAGAGCUGGUGCAGACAGUCCUGGCUCGGAAGCCCAAAAUGUGCAGCUUUCUAGAGUGGAGAGACCUAAAGAUUGUAUAUAAAAGAUAUGCCAGCUUGUACUUCUGCUGUGCCAUAGAGGACCAGGACAAUGAGCUCAUCACACUGGAGAUCAUCCACAGAUAUGUAGAGCUGCUGGAUAAAUACUUUGGCAGUGUCUGUGAGCUUGAUAUCAUAUUCAACUUUGAAAAGGCAUACUUCAUUCUGGAUGAGUUCUUGCUGGGUGGAGAGGCUCAGGAAACAUCCAAAAAGAAUGUGCUGAAGGCCAUUGAGCAAGCCGACCUGCUGCAGGAGCCACGUCAUGAGUACUUUAAUGUGCCUGUGUACUGAUUGGCUGCCAUCGCUGCUGCUGCUGCUCCUACCGCUGCUGCUGCUAUCCACCCUGCAUGCUGAGCUCCUCAGUGCCUGGCACCUUUCUUUUCUGCCCUCUGAAACACCUGCCGUUGAUACCGGUUUGACGGGGUAACAACACAAAUGUCCAACUGUUCAAAGUCAAACGGAAAACGACACAAACCAAAAAGGAGGCCAUGGCACACGGGCUGGAUUCGGCCCUUUUCGGCAACCGGCAGGAAGCUUAAUGUCCCGCUGCUGGGACACCAGAGCAUUACUCACCGUUAACUGAGUCACCGCGCAGUCAGCGACAAUGUGUUGUUACAUACCUGUCAUUAGUCCCCUGAAUGAUCUAUCAUUUAAACAGCUGGCCAUCUCUUUAUUAUUAUUAUCUUCACAGUUAAGUACAACCCCCGGGGAAAAAAUUAUGGAGUCACCACAGCUGGAGGACAUACGCUCAGCUUUUUGUAUCCCGUACAUUAUCAUGUGAUAGCUAACCUUUUUUGUUUAAUCCCAGGUGAAGUUGACGGAAACUUCGGGAAAUAAAAUCACUGACCGUUAUGGAAAAAUAUGGAAUCAUUUGAAUUUAGAUUCAAAAACAAUAAUCUGCAUCCGGCUAAGUGUUUAGAUGAGUCUGCAGUUGAGAAAGACAAAGAGUUUAUUGAGCUGUUGCUCAAGAGUGAUUGGCAGAAACCAACAAGGGACCCAUCAGUGGAAACAGUGGGUAGAAUUAGAAAAAUGACAAGAUAGUGCAACUGGAAGGGAAUCCAUGUUUUUAUUUCCCUGGGAUUUAGCAGGUCCACAUCAUGUGUCGUCAGGACCCAGAGUGGGCUAUUUCACCUAAACUUGGCUUAAGGCAACACUUUUGGGUCAGGAUGGCACAUGAUUAACACUUGUUUUAAACUGGUAAACAGUAUUAUUAAUUCAGGAUGUAAAUCUCUGUUCAUCCGGGCUAUUGCCCCUCACUCUGUGAGGAAAGUCUGCCCCCUGUUGCAGAGGCCUCAGCACAGUGGUAUAAAAAGGUCUGUGUUUAUGUCCAUAACGUGCUGUUAAUAUCUGACGAUUUUAUAUUUUAAUUUAAUUUUAAGAUUUUUAAAUUUGUUCAGGUUCAAACUUAGUUUGAUCAUUUAUAGGUUUAUUGGUUGCCUCAUGGGUGGUGAGGUUGAAUGCAAAAUAAGUAUUUGUUUUUUAUUCCUUUAUCACUUCUUUUGUUGAUUACUUUUUUAUUAUUUCUUUUUAAAUCUUCUAACUUUACAUAAUCAGUCCUUGACUAUUGUCCGUGAUUGGAUUUCUAGGUGUUGCUAUAGAGUUUCAUAUAAAAAAGACAAACAAACUUGUAGCUCAAACUACAUCAAAGCCUAGAGGACCCAGAUGUUUUUUAAUGUAAUUGAG